UCCAGAAAGUGGCAAAAGCACUAUAUUUAAGCAAAUGAAAAUUCUACAUAUGAACGGCUUUACUGACAUUGAUUUGCUCAAUUAUCGCUAUCUUGUUUAUAGCAAUUUAAUUCAGGGAAUUAACCAAUUAAUUGAAGGAGCCAAAUUAAUGGAGAUUGAGAUUACUAGUGAUGUUGUGGUUGGUUUAUUUGUUUAA